AUCUAGCAAAAAAAACCUAGAAGAUUCGUGUUAUUUCCGGACGCUUCGUUGCUGCUUGUCACAUCAGUUCGAUACAGCGUCGCACAGGCAGAGGUUAGCAAGCCAAAAACAGAGCAGCUGCCUCUGGCAGUGAAAAUACAAGCCAUUGAAGUCGGUGCCCAUGGAUGACUAUUAUUACCAUGUUCUAGGGGUGCAGAGAAAUGCAUCUCCAGAUGAAAUCAAAAAAGCUUACAGGAAACUAGCUCUCAGGUGGCACCCAGAUAAGAAUCCAGAUAACAAGGAUGAGGCAGAAAAGAAGUUUAAAGAGCUUUCAGAGGCUUAUGAAGUCCUUUCAGAUGCAAACAAAAGGAACUUGUACGAUCGAUAUGGAAAAGAAGGCUUAACUCCAGGUGGAGGUGGAGGAGGAGGAAGAGGACACUUUAAUAAUGACCACUUUUUCACAUUCCGCAAUCCAGAGGAUGUAUUCAGGGAAUUCUUUGGCGGGCAAGAUCCAUUUGCCGAAUUCUUUGGUGGCGAUCCAUUUGACAAUGACUUCUUUGGUGGCGGUCGACAUCACCACCAUCACCACCACCACCACCACCAGCGGGGCAUGAGCAGGAGCCGAACAGGAGGGUCCUUCUUUGGGGGCUUUGGGGGAUUCCCACCUUUUGGGGCAGGAUUUUCAUCUUUUGAUGCAGGUUUCUCUCCCUUUGGGCUUAUGGGAGGAGGUGGAUUUACUUCUUUCUCUUCAACUUCAUUUGGAGGAGGUGGAGGUGGUGGAAGCAUGGGCGCCUUCCGCUCUGUGUCAACCUCCACUAAAUUCAUCAAUGGCAGGAAAAUCACUACAAAAAGAAUCAUCGAGAAUGGACAGGAACGUGUGGAAGUGGAAGAAGAUGGACAGUUAAAAUCUAUAACCGUAAAUGGAAAAGCCCAGGAGAUAGGCAUGCUGGAGGGUCACAGACAGAGGAAGGAGCUCCCUGACUCCUCUUCCUCCUCACAUUCUGCAAGGCAGUCAGCUCAGAGAGAGGAGCAAAAUAAAACUACAGGCAAAGAGCAAACUGGAGUCAAGAGGAAGAGAAUGACGAUGAAGGGAGAGACCAAAAAGACCAAAGAGUCCUAAAUUUGUCUCUGCAUCUAAACUCAUAGGACUGAUAGUCUGACAUACUGUAGCAGUGGAUAUUCUGUGUCGAGGUUGGGGAAAACUCGCUAGCAUUUUUGUUGUUGUUGUUGUUUGUUAUUUUUUAGAUGCAAAGGUCAAAUUUAUUAUUUUACGUUUUUUAUGCCGAUACUAAUUGAUAACAAAUAGUAAAUCAUCUGCUCUGAAGAACUGUGACUGAUUCGUAAAUAAAAAAAACUGAACUGUGCAAGCAAGCAUUUCUGAUUCACAUGAUCCCCACAAUUUAUUAAUAAACAAAACCAAUGUACAAUGAUUUUCAUUAAUAAAACAUGUCUUCAGUUUCAUUUAUGGUGAAACUUGUAACAUUUAACACACUCCUUAUAGACACAAUGCUAGAUGCUUGGGAUUUGGUUUCAGCCUUGGUUGUUAGUUGUACAGAAGCAAGGUCACACUGAGAAAUAUGAGCCACAUCAUCACAGUUUAUGAGUAAAUAUAACGACUCUGUUCAAACAAUUGCUUGUUCAUGACGUUUUCAUGAAUUUGCAGACUCCCUUCUUUCUGGCGGUCACUGCCCUGAGCAGUGGACCCCAUUUGCUCCUACUGAGGAGUUUCUCUCUCAGUUCUUGAAAGACUGGGGGUCCGUCAUGUUCCUCUGCCUCAGAGCUGAUCUCCAUCUUCUGCACUAUAAGCUUUAGCAGGUUGUGUUGCUUUUCCAUGGAAUCUGACAUCUCCCUCAUCCUGAGAAGAUUCACAGCACACGGUCAAGAUAAAUUAAAUGUACUGUAGAUGAAAAUCACACCUUACAAAACUGUUUUAUGAAGUUUUUGUCUAUCAGCUGAACAAUCGAUAUGUUGUUAAACAACAGUACAUUUCACUGAAUGCACUACUUGCAUCCCUUACAGCUUAGAUUUUAUUCCUGUCAAGAAUUAAAUAUGGUUUUACCCUGGCUAAGGUAUUCUGGGUUUGAUUCAGGAACUGCUUCACUUAAAUUUGGCUGAAGAAGUUUUGCGUCAGAUUGGUGUUACCUGUAUUUCUGUUUGGUUAGCUCCCGUUCCAGUGGAGUUAACUGGGAGAUUGUAGGACUGAGACGGGUCCUGGACUUCCUCACCUCAUUCCCACAGAAAAACCAUCUUUUCUGUUCACAAACAAAUUAAAUCUGCCUUAACGAGUGAUGGAAAGUAAC